AUUACUCAGACAAAAUUUCGUGCUUUUUUCCGUUGCAUAUUAUACAUGGUAACUCGUGAGCUGGCGUGAGGUGCAUGAAACAGAACACCCGUGUUAUAACAACUGUUGUUUCCCCGCCAUGCGAGGAUAAAUAAGUGACAUUUACAUAUGCAACGUGACAUUUCAUUAUUUCACACUUUAAAAUGCCAAAUAUUUCAUCAGUUUUACAAUUUGCUUUCUGUAACACGAGUUUUGAUUAAACUGGGAAAAUGAGCAUGAGCAUUCUGUAGGAAUGAGAUAGAAGAUAUUAUGACGACUCCGGUCUCGAUGUCUUACUCGGAGUGGAUAUCGAACUACUCAAUGGGUGGCGGUAGAGGUUCGAAGGGUUCAAACAUGAGGGUGGAAGAGACCGAAGACAACUCGGUGAAGCGUGAACGGGGGGCCGUGCAGGUUUACAACAUCGUGUAUGGGGCAAACGCUACUUCACCCACGGUGGGUGGGGGGUAUGGACCCGUUGUUAUUGAGGUUGAUGACACCGCAUCUUUGGAUGGCCAGCCUUCAUUUGGUAAUGGUGGUGAUGGCAUGUAUGGGUGUAAUUCAAACCAUUUCGAUAACUACGUUGCGUAUGACCAUGAGGAUAAUCGGUUCAUAUCAGAUGUUUAUUUAGACAAUGCUAAUUAUGAUGAAGCACAACAUAAGCUUAUCAAUGGGACCUAUUGUGAUGAUGACAAUGAGCAAUUUAUAUACACAAUGGAUAAUGGAAUGUUAGUCAUGAAUGGAAAUGAACCAGAGAUGAGAGAAAAUUCUGGGAGGACAUUUAACUCUGGGAGUUUAGACUCUGUUUUGGAUAGUGAGGGUGAGGAUAAAGUAUUUGAGAAUAAUCCUGUCAGUUUAAAACAUGUCUACUCCACAAGAAAAGGAGGAAAAAGCGGGAAAAGAAUUUCGGAUUCCUGGAGCGACCAAUCUUGGAAUGAGGUCCAUUUGGCUCACGGUGGCAGUAGUGAGGCAGUUAAUGACAUGUUAGUUGCGCUGCCUGUGUCACCGGAGGGCGGUAGAAUCAACGCAGCCAAUUUGAAACAUGUUUUCGCCGAUGUGCAUCGGAAUAUGACAAUUAGUAUGGAGAAUAUUAUCUUUCAUUCUAAAGAUCCUGAAUCUAAAGAGGAGAAAAGGGUUGCUAAGUUUUCCAUCUCCACAACACCGGACCAUAACCUAAAUUUAAAAUUUAAAUCGCAAAGUGACAUCACAGAGUGUAGUACGAACAAACAAUUAACCGUCCCAAAAGUUAAAGUCGAAAGAUCGUUUUCGGUGAUCACUAAAAGUAAAUCGAUGGCGUUUAGACGAGAAUGGGCACGAGAGAGUGUAAGACGCCCGAGUUCGUGCGGCAGUGGGGAAUAUACAUUACCAUACGGGUCAAUCCAGUUCCUGAAUUAAUAUUUACCUUUGCGUUUUGCACUUCUUUAUAUACGUUGCAAUUAAGAUGUUUAUUUUCACUCUAAUUGAAGCACACUUAAAUACAAAAUACUGAAAACAA